AUGGAGGGCCGUCUCGUGGCUGAAGAGCAGCAACGCAAGCUGAAGCAUGCCGUGGAAACUCGAGCGAAGGUGAUGGAGGAAAUCGCAGCAGUGGUUAAAGAGAGAUCGGAUGCGCCCAAGAGAGAUCAAUUGGCGAUUGAGCAGAAAAAUGAGCUAAGCGCCGAUGACGCUGUGCUUUUUGAGGAAUUUUUGCACGAUUUGGAUGUAAUUUACGCCCAAACGGACGAGGUUUUCCGAGCCUGUGGAGUUGAGGAGAUGCCACAAAUGUCGUACAGACAGGGGCCCGAGCGCAAAUGCGAUGGAGACACGGAGUGUAUCGACAAACUGGACGUGCUUUUUGUGCCCUUCAGCUUUGAGCAGACGUGCAGUACGAUGUGGCAGUCCAUGCUUCACGUUUACCGACAGAGGAACAGAUUUCAGUACGGCCACGUCGCUGAUCCAUACAACACAGUUGCAGUCAAGCAAGAGUUCGACAAGCCAGUGGACAUGCUUGUUCACUGCGUUAUGCGUCGAUAUAUUGAGGCCGAGCGGAUGGUCGUGGUGUGGCGGGCGCUGACUCAAGGAGAGGGAGAGUUGUUUGGAAUGCACUCGGACGAGACGGGAUGGUGUGUGGUGCGUCCAAACGACGAAGAGCUAGACGACACUUCGCUGAUGCGGACUGUGAUGCAGACAUUUGUGCGCUUCGUUCCUAUGAAUGUGGCAAAUAGAUCGGCUGGUCACGUGGACGGGUUCCAGUUCACCAAACUGGUUAAUAAUGUGAUUUGGUCCUUCACGUAUGUGGACGAGGCAUUCCUGGCUGGCCUCUUGGAUGACUACGAGAGCCUCGAGCCAUCCAUCGGACUGCCACAUGAAGACAGUGCGCCAGAUCUGAUUCUUACCGACAGUGACGAGCUUCUAGCGGAGACCGACGCGUUGCUCGCCUCCGUCGCCAGGUCCGAGUCUGGGGCUCAAAAGACCAAAGCAGCCAAGAGGAGACUCAAAUAUGAGACCAAAAUUAAAAACGAGAGGAAGACGCUCCAAGAAGAAGAGAAGGCGCUGUUGGAGCAGCUGCAGGAGAUGCAACGCACAAGGAAGAAAGUCAAGUCACUGGGAGACAAGAGCUCGGCUGUACCCUUGUGGAAAGCUAUAGCUACGCGGCAGAUGGAGGGUCGAGUUGUGGCCCAAGAGCAGCAAAAGAGGCUCAAGCGCGCCAUUGAAAAUCGCGUGAAGGUGAUCGAGGAGAUGCACGAAAUGGCUCGAAAGAGCUCGGACGAGUCCGCAGGGAAUGAAUUG